GCAGCCAUGCCUCUCCUGGAAGAGACCGCUCUGCCACAAGAGCACCCACCCACCGUCCCUGUUGUCAUUAUAGGCAAUGGGCCUUCGGGUAUUUGUCUGUCCUACCUGCUGAGUGGAUACAAGCCCUACCUAGAUACGGCAACUGUCCACCCAAACCCAAUACUGUACAGAAAACUGCAGGAGACCAAGCACCUACCCAUCACUGAACAGGAUCUGGAGUAUUUGAGUGAAGGUCUUGAGGGGAGGUCAGGGAAUCCAGUGGCUGUGCUUUUUGACACACUGCUGCACCCCAAUGCUGACUAUGGCUAUGAGUUCCCUCCUGUCCUUCAGUGGAGGAGGGACAAACAGCAACACAUCCCACACCUGGUGCUGGGGAGGGCAACACCUGGAGGUGCUUGGCAUGCAAUGGAAGGCUCCAUGUUGACUAUUAGUCUUGGCAUCUGGAUGGAGCUUCCCGGAGUCAACUACAGAGACUUGACCAAUGGGAAACGCAGGGAUGUAACCAGUGACAGAGCAACCCCAGAGGAGAUCUCAUCCUAUUACCGUAACUAUGUGCAGCUAAAGGGCCUCCAAAAUAAUUUUGUUGACAACACCUAUGUGACCUCCGUCCAGAAGCUCUGCCGGGGGCAUGAUGGGCAAACUGAUGAAGGAGAUGUACAGGUGGGAGAUGGUAGAAAUGGGGGCUUUGAGGGUAGUGGAGUUAAGUGUGUAGAUGAUGGAGGAGGGGGAGUUCUCUGGGAAGUAAGGGGAUACCAGCAGGUGCAGAACGACACUCAUGUACCCUUCUGUCUAUUUGCUGAGAACGUGGUUCUCGCCACAGGUGCAUCAGAUUCACCGAUUCGAUUAGGUGUAGAGGGGGAGGACCUACCAUUCGUAUUCCACAGUAUCUCAGACCUGGGAUUGGCUGUAGGCCGCAGAGAGCUGGAUAUGAACUCUGAUCCGGUUUUAAUUGUAGGUGCCGGUUUAAGUGCGGCAGAUGCAGUUCUGUGUGCUUGCAACAGCAACAUUAGGGUGCUACAUGUCUUUCGCAAGAGCGUAGAUGACCAAGAUCUCAUCUUCAAACAGCUGCCCAAGACCCUGUACCCAGAGUACCACAAAGUUUACAACAUGAUGUGCUCUCAGACCUAUAACGCCAGUGUCGGCUUGUUUCCCGACUACACUAGUUUCCCAGAACACUGCGUGGUGUCCUUCCAGUCUGACAUGAAGUGUUUGCUGCAGGGGAUGAACUCCCUCAAGGCGUUCAAGAUCUCCAUGGUCCUGGUGCUAAUCGGGACCAACCCCAACUUAUUUUUUUUGAAGGGGCAAGGCCAGUACCUGGGUCAGGAUCCAACAAAACCCAUCUCUUGCAAGCAGAACACCAUUGACAUCCACCCAUACACGUUUGAGUGUACCAAGGAACCAGGUCUAUUUGCCAUGGGCCCGCUGGUGGGAGACAACUUUGUUCGCUUUUUGAAGGGUGGCGCUUUAGGCAUCGCCUCCUGUCUGCUGAAGAGACUCAAGAAGAAAGGAAAGCUCAUCAGCAGUGGAGGAAAUAACUUCAUCUGAAAACAUGAUGGAAAAGAGAGUAGUACACGUUGGUUGUAGGGCACAGAUAUUGAGUGCUUUUUGUAACCGAUGUAAAAGGUGUUGAGGAGUUUUAAUAUGCUCUGAUCAUUCAUGCAGUAUUUUCUCAUCACAGCUUGGACAUUUUAAACUUACAGAGACCAAAAAGACAGUGGAUGUACACCAAUUAGUUUCUAAAGAAACAAAAGACCGCUUUCAAGAGUCUUGUCUGACUUCACAAGAAGUCCAAGCUACCGUGUGCCAAUGUUUUCUAGUCAAUCUGUAACCUCACAACUCAAUGGGACCUUAUAUUCAUCAGGGUUAUUUAUUUGUUCACCAUGUGUCUUUCAAUCCAUUUAUUAACUAACUUUACUUGACUUAAAUCGUUUUUUUAUAAACUUCAGGAGACAGAAUACUAAAAUGUAGAAGCGUCUUCUCUAAAAGCAAACUGUGGUCCCGCUUACAAACGUGCAAUGAUCUGAACUCUACGCAACAAAGCCAAGAGUGGUGACUGUUUGCCGAGAUUUAUUACAAAAGAUGUGAACUGACUAGUUCAUGUUCCUGUUUAUUCUGAGCCAACCACUUUUUUUUUUAAAUACAGAUAUUGUUCUUUUAACUGCUGUUGUAUGAGCUAGUCUAGUCGGAGCUUUAUACCUAAAAAAAAAAGUUUGAAAUGUCUAAUAUUCAAUUUUUUACAUUACAUGUCAUUUAGCUGCUGAUUUUAUCAAAAGCAGCUUCCAAUUAGUGCAUUCAACAUCUAUGAGGGGCCAUUCGGGGUCCAGCAUCUUGCCCAAGGACACCUGGGCUGGGAUUUGGGCCAUAACCUUCUGGUUGGAGUGCAGUUUUUUAAAUUUUGUAGAAAAUAGGAUAAAACAAGAAACAUCAGUAUGAUCCUUUAAAUUUGGCAUUUGAAGAUAAUUGACGUUCACAUUAUGUCGAGAAUAUACUGAAUACAGUUCCAGCCAUAAUUAAUUUACCUAAGAAAAUCCAUAUUGAUAGAGAUGGAGAGACGAGUCUUAAAAAUGACAGAAAAAGAAAAGCACACUUGCAAAACACCCAUU